AUGAAGCACCAAAACGAUCUUUGCACAAAAGUGCAGGCAAUAGCAUCGUAAUGGGUAAAACAUACUAAAAAUCCAAAGAAAUAGUUGAUAAAGGACAUGACAAAACAUAUAGUGGGAUGAAAAUAAAUGGAAUGGAAGAAAGUGUGAACCCGAGCGGACAGCUGGAUUUAGGUAGACGAGGAACUGUAAUGAAGCAGCCGCUGUAACAGACAGGGAAGACACUGUGCUGGAAUACAGGUUCAUCUCCAAUCCAAAAGUACCGAAAUGCACUUUAGAGCAUCUAACAACCAAUAUUUUAAUGCCAAAUCAAACACGUUUCCAUAUCGAAAACGUUACCAUGCCUUUUGCCGUGCGGCAGCGAAGUAGCGUCUCGAAAACCAUGCGGUCAAUUAGAGCCCAACCGAGAUGAUAAGUCAGUUCGCCAUUCUAAACUGUCCCACGAAAAAAAAACCGGCUGACCGAGAAGAUGUUGUACAACGAGAGACAGAGAGAGAGCGAGAGUGUGUGUUGCCGAGCGGUUAUCACCUAACCGCAACCACUGCGUUGAACAGAACCACUCCAUUUCCUGGCCACGACCUGUUGACGAUGAUGGUGACGGUGGUAUUGGUGCCAAUGCUCUCUUACCGCUUGCCGAACGGCAGUACUUGCCCUGUGCCAAUUUAAACCUAGCUUCAUGCCACAGAAUCACCCCGUACGUUCGGCUGCUGUUGCUGAAGGAUGGAAGCAAGAGGCACGAAACUAACACCAAGCCGCAAUACGGGAAGGGCAACCGCGUUCACGCUCACCGAUGCCCAAGCGGAGGGCCGGACGCUGCGUGCUGCGUUUAAAUGCCCUGGCUUUGCAGAACCUUGCGCCAUUUGUUUGCUGAUCACCGUCCCGGCAACGACGUUCGGUAUUCGUGAAGCUUUGAUUUGGCGUGCAGUUUUGCUGGUAUUCCCGUUCUGCUUUCCCUGUUGGCAGUUUUGGAACAGGAACGAUCCUCUCGAUCGACUCGCAACUCACCCAGCUACCGAGGGCUUGAGCGGGCAGUGCUGUACCUUGUGUAUAAGAGUGUGUGCGUGACGUACCAGCGUGCCGCGUGCGUGUUUCUCAGUCUUCCAAAGCAGACGUGUACAGUCCCACGCAAGACGCCUGCGAGAUCUGCGAUCAACCUGAGCCGCUGCACAACAUGGCUAGCACCAACACGCACCGUGGCUGUCCGAUGAACGGACAUCUGGCAGCGAGCAAAAAGCCACAGACCGUGUCGGAGGAGGACCCGAUGGCAAACUUUAUCCGGCCCGAUCAACCGUCCCGGUGUACCUGGGCGCUCGGUACGACGGAGACGAGCCCGCAUCAUCACGAGGCACUUGCCCCCAAACCGUCAACGCUGCCCUCGAUCCUGGAAGCUGUCGGAGGAACGCCACUGGUGAAGCUCAACAAGAUCCCCCAGUCCAUGGGCUUGAAGUGCAAUGUUUAUGUCAAGUGCGAGUUCCUUAAUCCGGGCGGCUCUGUCAAGGAUCGCAUCGGUGUCCGGAUGGUGCUGGAGGCGGAGCGCAAGGGACUGCUGAAACCAGGCUGCACCAUCAUUGAGCCGACGUCCGGCAAUACGGGCAUUGGGCUGGCCAUGGCUGCCGCAGCACGGGGCUACCGCUGCCUGAUCGUGAUGCCGGAGAAGAUGUCCAACGAGAAGGUGGACACGCUCAAGGCGCUCGGGGCGGAGGUGAUCCGCACGCCGACGGAGGCCGCCUUCGAUUCGCCCGAGGGGCUCAUCGCAGUUUCGCAGCGGCUUCAGCGCUCCAUCCCAGACUCGGUCAUUCUGGACCAGUACCGCAAUGCCGGCAAUCCGCUGGCCCACUACGACGGCACGGGCGCGGAAAUCGUGGAGCAGUUGGGCGGCCAGGUUGAUAUGGUGGUGAUUGGCACGGGUACGGGCGGUACCAUGACCGGCAUCGGCCGUCGAAUCAAGGAGUCCUGCCCGACCUGUCAGGUGAUUGCGGCCGAUCCGGAGGGUUCGAUCCUGGCCGAGCCGGAAGAGCUCAACCGCACGGAGGUAAGCUUCUACGAGGUGGAGGGCGUCGGGUACGACUUCCUGCCGACCGUGCUGGACCGCUCGGUCGUCGACCGGUGGUACAAGUUUAACGAUCGCGUCGCUCUGCCGCUCGCCCGCCGUCUGAUCCGGGACGAGGGUCUGCUGUGCGGUGGCAGCAGCGGCGGCAACCUGUACGUUGGCCUCGAGGCGGCCAAAACACUGAAGGAGGGCCAGAACUGUGUCGUCAUCCUGCCGGACAACAUUCGCAACUAUCUCACCAAGUUCGUGUCGGACAACUGGAUGGAGGCGCGUUACUUCAAGGACUCGGAGAACUGCCACGACCAGAAGUGGUGGAAUGCUAAGGUGAACACACUGCCCAUGGAUACGCUCAUCACUGUGCGCGAUGAUGCGCACAUCAGCGAUGCGAUCGAGACGAUGAAGCAGAACAAUCGUACCCAGCUUCCGGUGCUGGAUGCCGAUGGAACCAUCAAGGGUGUAGUGCACAUGCCCAAUCUGUUGAGUAAAAUGCUCAACCGGCUGGCGAAACCGUCCGAUCUGGUGCGUCGUGCCAUCUUCAAGCAGUACGUCAAGAUCGAUCACGAGGAAAACAUUGGCCGCGCGUCGCGUAUCUUGGAGAAGGAUAGCUUCCUGCUAGUAACUCGACAAGAGGCGGGAGCGGAACGACCUGUGGGAAUUCUCACCCAGCGUGUACUAUUUGACUUCGUUGCGGAGCAGGCGGCAACCGUUACCAACGGAAAUGGGAACGCCGAGUAGAUGGGUGAUCUUGGUUUUAUUGGAAAGAACGAAUGCAGCUAGCUCUUAGCUGGCAAGAUUGAGACGCUAGGACACCGUCUGGAAAUAAUUGGACGAACGAGCAUAUAUAUUGAAAAUAAAUAUAUAACAUCAUGAAUCACAACUAAA